AGCAACUUUCCUUCCCCAAACCUCCAACCCCACCAACUCAUCUCAACUACUCUGGCUCGCUGAGCGAAAGCCUUCUUCCUUUCACGCAUACAUAUUAUCUCUCUCCCUGUUGAUUAUUUCAAAAUGGAUCGUAUCAAGGAGCGCAUGAACAACCUCCGCAUCGAGGCGGAUGAGGCCCACGAGAAGAAUGAGGAGCUGAACAACAAGAUCCGCACUCUUGAGCAGGAGAGCCUGGCUAAGGAGCAGGAGAUCACAUCGCUCAACCACCGCAACUCCCUACUUGAGGAGGAGGUUGAGAAGCUGGAGAACUCCGUCAAGGAUGCUAAGGAUGCUGCCGGUGCCAGUGCCCAGCACGACACCCAGAACGAGGCACUUCAGCGCCGCGUGCAGCUCCUUGAGGAGGAGGCUGAGGAGAACGAGAAGACUCUCCGCGAGACCAACGAGAAGCUCCGCCAGACCGACGUCAAGGCCGGCCACUACGAGCGCAAGGUCCAGGCCCUCGAGACAGAGCGCGACUCGUGGGAGGCCAAGUACGAGGAGAUGUCAAAGAAGUUCAACGAUUUGCAGAAGGAGUUGCACGAGCUCGAGGUCUCUAUCAGCAACGUUUAAGUAGGAUCAGGCUACCGUGUAUCGAUGUCGAGUGUAAGGAGACGUUGGGUUGGAUGCAGGCUUUCUUCC